AUGAAGGCUAGUUCAGGUGUGUGGAUGACAGUGAGACAGCCCGUGCUGCCUCACACAGCCGUGUGUUUCGCGUGUGGAGAGGCGGGGAAAGAGGACACUGUGGACUCAGAGGAGGAGAAGUUCAGCCUCUGUCUGAUGGAAUGUACCAUCUGUAAUGAGAUCAUCCACCCGAGCUGUCUGAAGAUGAGUAAAAGUGAAGGAAUCAUCAACGAUGAGAUUCCAAACUGCUGGAGUGUCCAAAAGUGCCACAAGGAGGGGAAGACCAGUAAGGAUCAGACUGAUGGUUUGGGGAAACGCAGACUGGAUAAUGGCGAGGUUGGUCGCUGGAAGCUCACAGAUGACCCGCCCCCUAAAAAGAAAGCCCCUCCCUCCCUGGAGGAGGGGGGAGGGGUGGACGGAGGACACAAGAGGAAGAAGGAGAAGGAGGUGCCUCAGGACAGCGGGCCCAAGAAGAAGAUGAAAGGUGUUCACGAGAAACGUCUGAAAAAGAAACCUAAGCAAGAGGCGUUGGAGUCAAACGGUCCGACUUUGUCCUCUGUAGGCGGAGCUGGAGGACUGCAGGGCUCCUCCUCUUCGUCCUCCUCUCAGCCCGGAGGCAGUGGGGGAGGCGGGGUGGGAGGAGCAGGGGUGGGAGGAGCGUUGGGGAUGCCAAGCGCCGACCAGCGCUCGCAUCACCGUGAGAAACUGGAGCGUUUUAAGAGGAUGUGUCUGCUGGAGCGCCGGCCUUCCUCCUCCUCCUCUUCCUCCUCCAGCUCCGAGUCCGAGUCUGAGUCCGACUCUGAUGACUCCCUGAGGGCGGAGCAGGGGGAUGGCUCCUCCCCCUCUUCCUCCUCCCCUGCUCCGCCUCCCCCUGUCGUCUAUGGCAACAGCAGUGGGAGCCGGGCAGAGAGAGAGAGGAGUCGUAGCGAUCGGGAGAGGGAGAGAGAGCGGGAGAGAGAGCGGCGUCUGGCCGAGCUUGGCUUCAGCGCCAGCGAGGAGUCGGAGGGGGAGGAAGGGAAGGCGGGGGAGGAGGAGGAGCGGGAGGAGGAGACGGUAGGUGGAGGGGCCGACAAGGCCAGGCGAAGAGGUGGAGGAGAGGCGGGAUUAAAUCCACGGGCACGGAAAGUAGGCCUACAGGAUGGAGAUGAGGAGGACAUGCCCACCUUGGACAGGACCAGGAAAAACUCCUCCUCCCUCCCACCUCCCUCACCCCUCUCCUCCAAUCAGAUGCCUCCGUCAUUGCAGCAUGACAGUUUCACGGGGAAGCAGCGGAGCAACGGGCAGGAGGCGCGCAACGGACGGACGCGAGGAGGGGCGGGAGGUGGGAGGGAGGGCGGGGAGAAGGAGAAUGCUAGUGGUCCUCUGACCAAUCACAGACACAGUGGGGGAGGAGGGGGUGGAGCUAAAGCCAGUGGGAGUCGUGGCAACAAGAUCCGUAGCAACAACAAGAUCCAGGCGGCGUCCAGAAACAACGUUUCCUCCUCAAGCGUCCGCACCUCUAACGGCGGAGGAGGGGGAGGCGGCUUGAUGAUGUCAGCGAUGGCAGCGUCUCCCUGCUCCCAGCCGUCCCGUCUCACUCCACGCUCUCAGAUGAUGAAGCGCAGCCCGCCGGCCGUGCCCUCGCCGCCGCGGCCGGUUCAGAUGGAGAGACACCUGGUGCGCCCCCCCCCCACCUGUCCAGAGCCCAGCUGUCUGCCGCUCGACUCAGGCUCCGCCCACAUCAUGACCCGAGACGUGUGGCUGCGAGUUUUCACCAACCUGAGCCAACGAGAGCUCUGCGUCUGCAUGAGGGUGUGUCGCACCUGGAGCCGCUGGUGUUGUGAUAAGAGGCUGUGGACACAGAUUGACCUGAGUCGUCAGCGCUCCAUCACCCCUCCCAUGCUCAGUGGUAUCAUCCGCCGACAGCCAGUGUCACUCAACCUGGGCUUUACCAACAUCUCCAAGAAACAGCUGAUGUGGCUCAUCAGCCGUCUGCAGGGUCUCCUGGAGCUGAAUGUCUCUGGUUGUCCGUGGACAGUGGUCUCUGCCCUCUGUCAGUCUGUCUGUCCGUGUCUCAGACUGCUGGACGUCAGCAGAGUGGAGGACCUCAAAGACUCUCACCUGAGAGAGCUGCUGGCUCCGCCCCCUGACACCAGGACAGCUCACGGUGAAACCAGAGUGGGGCGGUUCCAGAACGUGACUGAGCUGCGUUUGGCCGGUCUGGAUCUGACGGACGCGUCGGCUCGUCUGCUCGUCCGCUUCGUUCCUCACCUGAGCCGAUUAGACCUGAGUCAGUGUGGACUCAUCACUGACCACACCCUGCUCACCCUCUCCUCACCCACCUCCCCCCUGAGAGAGAGCCUCACCCACAUCAGCCUGGCAGGUUGUGUUAAAGUGACAGACCAGUGUGUGGCGCUGCUGCGUCGCUGCACGUGUCUGCAGACCGUGGACGUGCGCUGCUGCUCGCUCUUGUCCUCAGAAAGUGCUCAGCUGAUUUUCUUCUCCUCGUCCACCGUCGCUGUUUCGUCCUCUUGUCCUCCUGAAGACAGAACGCUGCUAAAGAACAGCUAAACUCCUCCUCCAUGUCAUGUGACAGUGUGAAAGCCCCGCCUCCCACCAUGUUACACUACAGUAUGUGAGGAGGAGGAGUCAGUUGUGUGUAAAUAUCUGUAGUUGACUGUAAAUGAUCCUUUGACCUUUGAACCCGAACACACUCUUGCCCUCCAGGCUUCCAUACCUGUGACCAAUCAUCACACCUGAAGCCCCGCCCCCACAGACAGUUUCACUCUGCUUUCAUUUUUUUUGCCAAGCGAGGCUAAACAUGCCUCUAGAGGGCGUGGCUUGUCUGUGGUUGUCAGGUGUGUUCUCAUGGGAAGGCCCCGCCCACACUGCUAAGCGCCACUGUUGCUAUGGUUACGCCUGUCAGUCAGGGCUUAAACCAGGAUAGUGAUGUGAUGUGGUUUUAUAUGUGAGGCCCCGCCCCCUGCAAUGCUGAUGCUUUAUCUCAAUACCUGCAGUCCGUCUGUGACCUUUAAACAUUCACUCCGCCCACAAGAAAGAAAGACAGACAGACAGACAGACAGUUUCAAACACAUGAUUAAUGUUUUUUUAGCUUCUAUUUCAUUUGUGCCUCAACUGUGUGUGUGUGUUUGUGUGUGUGUGUCUGUGUGUGUGUGUUAUUAUUGAAUAAGCUAACUUUAUUGGGUUGCGUUCACGUUCAUACAAAAGCUUGUUUCAAGUACAAAUGUUGUAACCACGGAAACACGAUCAAUGACACAACUGAAGCUAAAACUGCUGAUGUCACAGUUUUGUUUACAACAGAGGAGUGUGCCCUCUGGUGGUGAGGUCACAGUCUCACAGCUGUCCUCGUAUGUCAGUGGAUCAUAAUACAGGAGGAUCAAUAAGAUAAUUGAUCUGUAUCAGUAUUAAUAAAAUACUAUCACUACACAUGCAGACUGCAUCACAUGAUCCACACACACACAGUUUCCUGGUCUGGGCUUCAGGGGUCAAAGUGCUUAAUGUGAAACUUAAAACCAGGAAGUGUGUGUGAUAAACCACACCCAUGUAUUUGUGAUGUUGGGGGUGGGGCCAACAUGAAACCAAACUAAGUGUUUAUUCAUAGUGUUGAAACGAUUGGUCAGUGUCUGAAGUGAAACUGACCACCACAGCUGUCACUCAGUGUGGGUGGGCGGAGUCUGCAGACCUGUGGUCGAUGCGAUGACAUCACAUCGACGCCGCGGUGAUGUCAUGCUGUUGCCAUGUUUUCACUCCGCAUCCAUGUUGUGCCAUAAAAUGACCUCUGCUCGUGUCACUGUGGAAACGUUACAUUGUUUUUUUCUUUCUUUUUGUUUUUUUUUUACUGUGUCCUGUUAACAAUGUUCCAAACAUCACACGUGAGAGGAAAUGUGAUUGGCCGGCAGUGUCUGACUCCUGAAAGCUCUUAUCCAAUCAGAUGCCCUGACAUAUCUUAGUAAAGUGAUUGCACUGGAUCAUCGUCGUCGUUCUGAAGAGACUUUUGAACCAUUUCCUGUUUUGUUUUUUGUUUGUUGUGACUCUUCCUCGUCUCCAUGGAAACGAACAAGGAAGACUGAACAAAAAAUGAAAAGAGAAAAAAUCUCAAGGCAGCUACAACUGAGAGAGAAACUACUGUAAAUGAUCUAAUAAAGGAGCAAUGUUUGUUUCUA